ACUAUCAUUGUCAUACACACACUCUCAGUUACCCUCACUAUCACUUCUCUUUCUCUGCUUUCUAAUGGCGAUUCGGAGCAUGACAGUGUUGUAUAUGGUGCUACUGCUGGUGGCUUUAGCUUCCGUCAUGGGAAUAUCUUCGAAAUGCGGUAAUGGGAGUCCAUGCAUGGUGGCGGUGGCAGCUGCUCCAGCAAAUAAUCAAAUCCGAAAGCUUCUUCUGAAUGGAGAGGAAGAGGAUGAGGAGCUGUUCAAGGGUGGUGGUUUUGGAACGUUGGAUUCUCGCCAUGGGAAGGAUGUGGUGAGCUGGGAUUUGAGGAAGGCUCCAUCAGGUCCUGACCCUUUGCACCAUAAUGGCGGUAGCCCUAAGAAGCCCAGAACUCCCUAAAUCUCCCCUCAACUCUCUCUCUCUCUUUCUCUCUUUCUCUC